AUGAAAUGCACAAAACUGCAACUGAAAUUGGGCACUAAAAACCGCAAGAGCUCCUUCACAACUUUCCGACUGAGCAAACACAGUUGCUUCCAACUAAUUCUUUCAGGCGACGACAAGUUGAAGAGCAUUUAUCGAUCUCUGAUUAUUAUAAGUCUAACCGUAGUGUUGGGCUAUUUUGCCACCAGCUGUGUACUUUUCGUAAGUGCAGCACUACAGCUUAACAUCAACAUGUUCUAUUUGAGCCAGUUUGCCAGCCUUUUUGUCAAUUUAUCAACCUCUGUGAAUUUCUUCGUUUACUAUGCAAUCAGCUCGGAGUAUCGGAGAAUCUUCGACGAACAUCUUGGGAUUGGUCGCCUGAAAAAACGUUUCUUCAGUGAUCGUGAACGCGUGGCUGUUCAGCAAGCUGCUAACUCUCCCUCAUCUUUUCGUUUAUCGUUUAAAGGAAAUGCGCUGAGCGAUGUAGUUACUUAA